UGAGGGAGGAGCGAAGAGACCGGAGAGAUUUAGUUUCAGGUUUAGUCUUUAUUCCGAGUCUUUAUUGUACACGACUGCAGCGAGUCCGGUCACGUUUAUCAUCUUAAAGUGUCUUUAGGGUCAAUUACAGAUCGCUGAGAGAACUGAUCCCCUCCUCCUGCCAUUAAGGUCACUUUCCCAAAGCUCACGAUGAUGUCACCUAAGCAGAGCCGUCCUCAGGUUCAUCAUUGCGAUAUUAUUCUUCUUGGAAACACCGGAGUUGGGAAAAGUGCUUCUGGAAACACCUUACUAGGAAGAAAAGUUUUUAUUUCCAAGAAGAGCGUUAAAUCUGUAACCGCCAGCGUUCAGAAAGAGACGGUGACUCUUGAUGAUGUGACUCUUGAUGUCUACGACACGCCGGGACUCUUCCAUCCAGAAACUAAAACGGAAAACGACAAGAACGAGUGGAGGAACCUCCUCGGGCGAACGACCUGCCCCGUGAUCGUGUUGGUGGUAAAAGCCGACAGAGUCUCAGAAGAGGACAAGCGGGCCGUCGAUCUGGUGGAGGCCGUGGUAGCGGAACGGUUCGUCCAGAACACGUGGAUCCUCUUCAGCCGAGGAGACGAGCUGGAGAGGGACGGUCUCUCUGUGGAGGAGUUCAUAGACGACACGGAUGAGCUGAAGGAGAUGGUGCAGAGGUUUCAGAACAGAUGUCACGUCUUUAACAACUUGUCUGGGAGUUCGGAACAAGUCAGAACGUUCAUCCAGAAGCUCAGAGAUACGGCGCAGAUCAUCACUCCAAGCAUGGACCUUCCUCUGACGGUCCCUGGGCGUCUCCACAGGACGAUCCUGCUGGUGGGGAAGACCGGUGCGGGGAAGAGCUCUACAGGAAACACCAUCCUGGGAGAGACGAGAUUCCGGUCUGAGAUCAGUCCAUCCUCUGUGACAUCACAAUCUGAAGUUCAGCAUGCGCUGGUUUCGGGGAGGAGCGUCUCUGUGGUCGACACGCCGGGGUUAUUGGACACCAAACUGAGCCGAACACAGGAGGCUGAGGAGAUCGGGAGGAGCAUUUAUCUGUCCAGGCCGGGACCUCAUGCUUUUCUUUAUGUUCAGCCCCUGACUGACCGGUUCACCGAGCAGGAGAGGAACAGUCUGCAGAAAUUAGACCUGAUUUUUGGUGAAGAUCUGAGGAACUACAUGAUCAUCGUUUUCACCUUUGGGGAUCUGUUAGAGGGCAAACCCGUGGAGGAGUUCAUUGAGGAGAACGCUGCCCUCAAACGAUUAAUAUCGCUGGGUGACGGGAGAUUUCACGUCGUGAACAAUAAACUGAGAAAGAAACAGCAAGUUACGGAGCUCCUGGAGAAGAUCGACAGAAUGGUUGAGCAAAACGGAGGAACGCACUACACCAGCGAGAUGUUUGAGAAAGCGCAAAGGUUUAGGGUGUUUAAAGAGUUUUUCCAUCAAUGCAACAAUUCCUUGCUUUCAACUGCCAGUGUCGGGUACGGAGGCGGCGCUCUGAUCGGGGGCACGGUCGGCCGCAUGGUGGGCGGUCCUGCGGGUGCAGGGAUUGGCGCGGGCAUGGGUGCGCUGCUGGGCGUGACCACGGGCUUUGUUAUCGGUAUAGGUAAGCAGGCACUGAAAAAUCCAUGGGAAAGUCAAAGCGCAGCAGACAAUGGAGACGAGGAGAUGAGCUCUGCACCGAAUACAGACCACACAACCACCGGUACAGAGGAUCAGAGCCUCCCUUUGAUUCAGCGGUCUGAUAAAGCUCUUAAACUGUGCUCAAGCUCAGGACUAAUCCAGACCAGACAUCCGAGUCAGUAAAAUCCCCAGGCUGUGGUUCACACCUCCAAGUUACUGUAUAAUGAGCAGGACUUUCUGAGAUGAGGUUUUUCAGUAGCGUCUAGACGACAGUCUGAAAGGUCACAUGGGCCUCCAGUUUGUGCACAAGCAUCAUACAUCUCCUCCUCCUUUUUUAUUCUCUAAACACUGUAUGCAUGUGGUCGAGCAGGUGCUGAAGAGCUUUUGUUUUGCAGUACAGAGCUACGGCACGUCGCUGGUGGAAGCAAAGGCGCGGUAGAGUCUCUACUGUCGGCUGUAAACACCAGACUCUCUCUGUUCUCUCUGAACAAAGUACACAAACCCUGUACUGGAGUCAAAGUAGAAGUUCUCCGUUUACGUGCUGUAUGUACUUGAGGAAAAGUAAAGUAUUCACCUUCGUAUGUAAAGUACAUGGCGUACAUUAGCUCACAGUAAAAGUACAGUGAUAAAGUAAAUGCACCCACUUUCCCUCCCACCUCUGGACUUUCGAAACAGCAUCUGUUGCUUAUUUACACCGUAACUGCUCUGAUGGUUCUCUCCAGUGUCGCCGGAUGUGUCAGACUGCAGCUGUACUGAAGCUCAAAACAAAAAUCUACUGUAUCUGACUGUCACUGUUACCUUUUUUUUAUUAAAAAAAAUAGGUUACCUUAACUCAAACUUUUUAAGGCUGGUUUUCCAGAGCAGGAGACGCCAGACCUGUUCGGCGACAUUUUCAGAACCUAACACGACACAAACACCGCAGACGGGCGCUGCAGGGCAAAAGCUGUGAGCGCUCAGGUAAAGUUGAGUAAACAGUGCG